AUGGAUAAUUUUCUUGAGUAUUGUGUGCCUCUUCACAAGCUUGCAGUAAUGGGUAAUUGGCUUGAAGCAAAACUGAUCUUGGAGAAAGACGAUAGACUAUGGCACGCGGCAAUAGCAAGUGGUUGGUCCACGGUGCUUCAUAUUGCUACAGGUGCAAACCAUUUCCACUUUGUGAAGGAACUACUACAAAGACUCGCUGACUCUCACGUUGCAUUGCAAGAUUACAAGGGAAACACUGCCUUUUGCUUCGCUGCUGCAUCUGGAAACCUCGAUAUUGCUCGUUUAUUGUUGGGUAGAAAUCCGUUCUUGCCAGUAAUUAGGGGCAGAAAUGGACGUACCCCUAUUCAGCUUGCUGCGUUACAAGGAAAAUGCGAAAUGACUUGGUUUCUAUAUGACUUGACCAAACAUAAAUUCGAAGUGGAAGACCGGGAAUUAUUGUUCUUCACUUGUAUCAAAACAGGCAACUACCGUGCGUAUCACUAA